AUGAGACCAACUAAACUACUCCAAGCAAGAAAAAAACCAAUCAUUCAUCCAAUUCUAGGUCCAACCAUCGCACGACCAACUCGUUUAAUUCCAAGUGAAUCUAAACUUAAACAACCAAUCCCAAUCUCACUCUUGGAACCAAAUCAACUCAAUUUACCAACACUCAAAUCCUCUUCAUCUUCAUCUUCUAGAGCUCAAAAAAUCACUACAACCAAUAAAUUAGUCAAAAAGGUUUUAGACCAAUCACAAAAAUUCAUCAAAAGCAAUCCUACUUCAUCAUCGAUGAUCCUUUCUAAUUCUGCUCCUUGGCCUAAUAAUCUUAGAGUAGUUGAUGGUUGGAGUGGUUAUGGUAGAUGGGGUGAAGGUAGACCUGAGUAUAAAGAAUGGAUUGGUGUAGAUAAGAGACAUAAAUCAUUGAUGAGAAGCUUAAGGGCUGAGCGGUAA